AUGGCUGUGAAAGGCAAAUCAACCGAUUAUGAACAAUGGUUUUUAUUUUGCCACACUGCAAUUUUCCUUAGUGAAGAUAUUAAUACAGUCAAAUUUGCAGAACUUAUUCUGCUGUGGCAAUCGUAUUUACACUCUUCGUGUGUAUAUAAAGAAAAGGCAUAUGUGCGCACUUAUUUAUUUCCUAUCGUAACCAGUUUAAAGUCUAGCACUAUCAUUAACACCAUUAUUCUCAAUUCUUCAAACGUGAAGAAUGAUUUAGUAGACCCAUCCUUGGAAGGCAUACAAACACUUCCUUUAAAUACAGCUGUGGCAGUGAAAGCUAGUGAAUGGUAG